CGUAUUGUGCAAAAGCAGGGUUUUUCGUAACAAAUCAUAAGAUAACGAAUUACAAAGUAACUGUGAAAAAUAAGUGUGUUGUAAACUGCGUAAAACUUCAAAACUAUAGAAACUUGUACAUUAUUUGAUUUUUACACUUAACGUCAAACAACUUAAACUCGAUAGCACAAUGCAAUCUAAAAACUUAAGUGAAACUUUUCAAAUAGUAUUGCGGAAAUUACUAGGAAUUACUUGUUUCUUAUUAUUUGGUCCAUUUCUCGUCAUUAUUCUAUCGUUUUUCUACAUCUACCGUCGUUUGAUUGAAAUUAUCUUAAAAAUUCAACUUAAAGACAAAUUUGCCGGUAUAUUAGAAGGUUCAGACGCCUUCUGGUCUAUCGAAGACAUUUCGCUAUCUAUGGUCACUUUCGUGAUGCUUUUGAAAAAACCCGCAGGAAGUACAAAUACAAUCUUCUUGAAGAAUAUUAGAAACUUCGCCGGUUACGCUUCGAAGAAUAUCCCCACAGAGCUCAAAAAACUGUUCUACUAUAGAUAUCAAAAGUAUGGGUACUUUUAUUGGGAUAAAUCACACAAAUUUAAUCCAGAAACCGCGAUCCGAUGGCUGGAGUGCGAAAAGAAUACUUGCGAUGGAUCUUGUGAGAAUUUUUACAGCACAACUUUUCAAGAAAACUUAGGUUCUAUAUGCAACAGACCGUUGUAUGAUAAUCACAAACCAAUGUGGGAAAUGCUCGUUGGCAGACGUUGUUCAAAAUCUUCAUCUUACAUCGAAGAAGAUCCGAGCUUGUCUUCCGAAGAUCGCUUCAAUACCGAUAUCGACGAAAUUCCAGUAGUAUUUCGUUAUCAUCAUUCUCUUGGUGAUGGUGUAACUGUUUUAAAUACGUUGUGCAAAAUAAUUUUUGACAAAGACGUGAUAAAAAAGCAAUCGUCAAUAAUGGACUUCAAGAACGACAUUUCGACAGCCAAAGAACUCCAUUUUAAAGAAAAACGAAGAACUUCCUUAAAAAGAAAAAAUAUUUCAAACUUGAAACAAGUAUAUACCAAAAUUAAAGAAAUCACAAAAACUAUAAUAAGUAUAUUGUUUGGAUUUGAAAUCCACAUCUCUCAAGUUGUUCGUAGUGUCGAUAAAAGUAGUCUGCAUGGUCAGCCAUUAACAGGUGAGAAACUAAUAGUUUCCUAUAUGGAAAACAAUGCCAAUAAAUCGCAGCUUUUUAUGAAACUUAAAAAACUAAAACUGUGUACAGGAGCAAGAAUUACUGACAUAAUAAUUACAGCACUUGCUGCCGGUCUAGUUAGAUAUUUUUCACGCAUAAAAGAAAGAAUACCUGAAACACUAUCGGUCUUUACACCCAUAAGAAUGGAAUCUGACAAAAACAUUGGAUUCAGGAACGAUUUUUCGUUUCUUAUGAUCAAAAGUGUUUUUGUUGAUGAAGACAGAAACAAUAUUUCAGUAAAUGACACUUGUCAAUUUUUUGAACGUCUUCAGAGAACCGCAUCAUCAAACAAUAAGAUCAGAAAUAGUUUAGAUAUAUCUUUAAAUUAUUUUUUGCUAAAAUAUGUAUGCGGACUUUUGCCAGUAGAAGUUUUGAAACCUCUGUCUACAUCGAUUUGCACAAUAGCAUACAGUAAUAUGAAAGGGACAGGAAAAAACUAUCAAUUUAUGAAACAUGAAAUAAAAAAUGCGAUGCCUUUAAUACAAAACAGAAAUAAAAUUGGCAUGGGAGUAUGUACAUUUACACAUAGAGACAAGUUUAAUUUGUCCAUAAUAGCUGACGCAGCCGUAAUAAAAGAUAAAACAUUACUUAAAGAUAUAGUAGAAGAUACUAUACGUGAAAUUAACUCUGCGUACGAUAGUCUCGCAUAAUUUGGAAGUAUCGGACCGUUCACUGAGAACACUCGUGAAAGAG